CACAGUAAAAGUUAGUAUUGGGUCAUCCAGUUUACUUUGCCAAUGUGAGAAAAAUCACAUAUAAUGUGAGAAAAUCACAUAUAAUAUUCUUGGCUAAUUUCUGUAAAUAUAUAAGAUCUACAAAAUAUUCUAAAUAUUUUAAGAUCAGGGAGAAUACAUUUCCUGAAAGGCCUCGGACGAACGCUGCUGAAAAUGACUCAUAACAACAUAAUCAAAUAAGGUAACCUUUCUUUUGGUACAACAAACCUGUCAUACAGUAUUUUCACCAAUGAUGUGCUUUUUGCAUAAAGGAAGGCGGGAUUAGACGUUAAGUGUCAGGGAAAUAAAUAAGAGGGUCUUAUGUCAGGGGCAUUAGAAGUCAGUUAACAUAAGUAUAUGUUCAGGCUGAGCUCAGAGGGCUCUUUACACACCCCUCAAAGCAUUUUAAGUCGGUUGCAAACUGAACGGCUGUUUGCAGAAAGAAGAAACCAGACAGUCAUUAGGAAGUUUAGAUAUCAAUUCAAGAGUGAAAGAACAUUUUCUUCAAGCUGGACAGCAAGCCGUGCUCCGAGCAAAAUGAAUCCUCUACUCAGUACCUUGUUAUUUUCACUGCUACUCCUCCUAACUCUCAGAAUUCAGGAGCUGAUAGAAGCUUGCAGCUGUGCCCCUGCGCACCCUCAGCAGCAAAUCUGUGAUUCUGCUUUAGUGAUUCGAGCAAAAAUUUCCAGUGAAAAAGUGAUUGCACCAAGUGAGGAUCCUCUUCAUACUCACAAAAUGAUCCAGUAUGAAAUCAAACAAAUAAAGAUGUUUAAAGGAUUUGAAAAAUUGAAAGAUGUUCAAUUUGUCUUCACACCUUUUGAUUCAUCCCUCUGUGGGGUGAAAUUAGAAGCCAAUAACAAGAAGCAGUAUCUCCUUACAGGACAAAUUUUAGAUGAUGGGAAAGUUCUUAUCCACUUAUGCAACUAUAUUGAACCAUGGGAUGACCUCACCUUCUCUCAAAAGAAAAGCCUGAAUCAGAGAUAUCAAAUGGGCUGUGGCUGUAAAAUUUCUACCUGUUACAUGGUGCCCUGUUCCAUCACUGCACCAAACGAAUGCCUGUGGACAGAUUGGCUGAUAGAAAGAAAACUCUAUGGACACCAAGCAAAACACUAUGCGUGUAUCAAGCGCAGUGAUGGAACAUGUAGUUGGUAUCGUGGUGGCCCUCCUCUGGAGAAAGAAUUUGUGGACAUCAGUGAACCAUGAAUGAUGCAAUUUCUUUCAAAGCCCCAGGAGUUAAGUCUCUCCAUUGCUGCGCGCUCACAGCUGCUUUGAACUUCCAACAACCAUUUCUUGCUUAGAAACAAAAGGAAAUUGUGCUGUGUAAAUAAAGUACACAGUUUGUAGAAUUGGCAUCCAGACAAGAAGAGAAAUGAGCCUCCUGGAGGUAGCUACUCUCUAAAGUUGUUUCUAUAGAGGGGUGCUAUGUGGGAGCACUGUAUUGUUUUCAGAAAAUACGUUUUAAAGUCUAACUGAAUGUCUCCAUACAAAUAAGAUUCAUCAGAAUUUGGACUACGACUGCUGUUAAUAAGUUGUGUAAAAGAACCAUCUUGUUUUAAUCCAAAAUUCUAUUUCUGGGGACUAAAAAGAACAGUCUCAUACAGUCAUCUUUCUUUAGACUAAUGUUCCGAGAUGAGGAAAGCUUGGAUAAUGUGUAUGUAAGAUGUUAUAACAGUCUGCUGUAAAAUGUCUGAAAGAUUAAUCUACCUUGUUUCUGAUGGUGCAAGUUAAUUUUUUGUGUAUGCUGUUUAAAAUGUUCUACUGCAUUUUUCUGUACACUGCUUACUAUUGUCUCAUUUAGCCUUAUCUUUGUCCUGAGGGAUUUGUUUGUAACUAUAGUUCAUCUUUGAUAAUCAAAAGCAGAUCUGGUGUAAUAAUCCAAUGGAUUGGAAUAUACUGUAAAACAAAAAUUAACAUUGAUUGUUCUGUUAUGUAAUUAUUAUGACACUUUUACCACCAAAGAAGGAACAUCAAUGAAAUCAUAAAAACUGAUUUCUCUAUUAGAACUUUUCACCUUCAGAGCGAGUGGCAUCAUUAUGGCCAAGGAAACAUACUUUGUGCUGAUGAACUUUUGACAACUAAAUCUCUCUCUCUCUUUCUUUCUGUGUGUGUGUGUGUGUGUGUUUGUGUGUGUGUUCCAUUAUUUUGAAAUGUACUUGGUUACCAAGUCUUGUAUGAACAAAUGAAGCAAAAGGGAUGAAAUGAUGGUCAUAAAGGGAGAUGGAUGAAAUCAUCAUACUAGGAGGAAUGGUCACUCUCUCUUGAUAUGUAUUAGGGCAUUGUCAUGAGAAGCAGUAAAAGAGUUUGCUCUGACCUUAUACCUGUGAUGAAAGUAUCAUGCUCACGAACAUUCCAUAAUCAUAAAUUUGCACAUAUGCUGUCCUAUACAUCUGCACUGGAAAACAUGCAGGACAUGUAAUAUUAUUUGGGUAGACUAGGGAAACAAGAUGUCUAGGUUCUGAUAUCUUCACUUGUAACAUCAUCAUUGCAAUUGCUUUAUGGUCUACCUGAAUAUGUCAAUCAUAAAUAUGUUCACUGUGAGUUGGUUCGUUGCUAACUACAUUUCAGGGGACACGGAUUACGACAGAACACUGUCAGAUUAAACCAGGAAGAAGUCAUGCCAUGUUAGAUAUGUAACUAUAUAUGCUAGACAACCUGUGAAUUAUUUUUAAGUAUUAGGCAUGGAACUCUGAAAGUUUCAGCUGCAGAAAGAAUUUGAAUAUAUGAAUAUAAAUUAUUGGAAUUUGCAAAUGUGACACUUUCACUUGGUCUGAUAAUGAUCAAGUAACAACUCUGUAAAAAUGUACUUCUAAAUUUUCUGCCAUAGUGGCUAAGUUGAAACACAGCCUCUUUUAAAAAGUACAAUGCUCAAGUGUUAAUCUAAUUUUAAAAUAUAUUAAAAACAUCUCAUAUGAUUCAUACAAAUUGGUUAUACAAAAUUAUUUUAUAAAUUUCUAAUCCCUUGGGAGCAAACAGGCACCAUUUUAUUUUUCAAGGGUUUGGGAAGGAUGUGAGCUUAGCAAUGCCAACGUGAACAAUCUUUUGCCAUAUUUGGAUUUCUCCAACUAUAUUUAUUUAAGCAUAUUUGAAGCACUAAACAGAAUUAAUUACAGCCUGGAAAAGUUGUUUUAUUGCACAAGAGCUACUAGCAUUCCACAGUCAGCAGGGCAAGUGACCAUGCUAGCAGGAGUGGGAACGUUAGUGCAAAAUAUUUUGUUGUUGUUGUUAGCUCCAGAAUUAAUGCCUUAGUGAGCAUGACCAGAUUACUGGGUUUAGCUUUCUCAAGAAUAUGAGCUUUGUGAGAAAGCCAAACCUCAGAUAACUCCAGGUAUACUUGGGAGUUGGAUGCUACAAGGGACAGAGAGGCUACUGAACUCCUGCUGGCUGUCCUGUUCUCUGCUGGUUGGAACAUCUGGAAAUGUUCUGAUUGGAAAUGUUCUCUAUAUCUGUACUGGCAGAUAUACAGAGAAACAUUUUUUUGUACUGAAUUACGGGUUCAGAACAUAAAAUUAAUCCUGGGGAGGGGGACUGGAAAAAAAUAAGAAGCAAAAGCAGUUGGCACAUAAACACUUCAAAGAUACGGUACUAUUAUCUCUUUAGGGAUGGGUAAAUAGCCUCCCAUUCACUCUGCAACCCACCUGAGUUCCCUGAUUCUUCACAGUGACUAUGUGAAAACGUUUGAGAAGCUUUUGUAAACUCAGAAAGAUCAAAACCAAGAAUGCACUCUUGGUGGAAAAGGUUGUAAAGAAGGGGAAAUGGUCAUUCUAGGGAGGAAGCACAAAGAGAAAUAGAGCUCUUGACCUCACCAGGUCUACAGCGGUAUUGAGCAUGUCGUGUAGCUGGCCUUGGAAAUGAUAAGUAUUUAAAGAACACCUUCUGAUGGUUAGGUUUUACAGGGUCUGGGAAGGGGGUCUGCAUUUGCAGUCUACAAAUAUGGUUCUGAAUCACUUUGACAUCAUUUGCAAAGUUUGUUUUUUAACUGGGAGUUUGACUUUUGAAGCGCUCUUGUUGCAAUCCUCAUUUCUAAUUCUGAAUAAGGAAUAUUAGUCAUUCAAUGACCUCAUUAGCUGAAUAUAAAUAUAGGACAGCCUUUCUCUCUAGAUGUGGACUAUGUUUUUUUAAUGUGCCAUCAAGUUGCAUCCAAUUUAUAGCUAACAUCAUAGGAUUUUCAAGCUAUGUGAGACAUUCAAACGGAUAGUGUACUACGUAGUGCCACCCAACAAGGAUUUUCCAUGGCUGUGCAGGGAUUUAAACCCUAGUACACUGAGCCUUAGUCCAUCUCUCCAUCUACUACACUACACUUCUGGCUACUUUUUCUAUCACUACAAGUUUGAUGAAUAUUUCCUUUUAGUUUAUCAUGGGAAUUAAAAUUAGGCAACUAAUUGCUCUCAAAGUUACUGAAACAUCUGAAAAGCCAAUUAAAUUCAAAUGUUACAAGUCCAAAACUUAGAAUUGUACUCAUCACAUCAAAGUCAACACAAAUGCUUCUACUCAUUUUGAAGAGAUUUCAUUUGAAAAAUUUCAAAUAUAUUCCCAUGAAGACUAAACCACUUUAAAACAAAACUCUUUUAGCACUGAAUUGGUGACGGACUCUGAACCAUAAUGUCUAUUUCUUUUCCAGAUAAUACUAGCUAGUGAGCUUUCUACUUCAAGAUCUGUUUUUUAAAUGAUCUGAACUACAUUAAGAGCAAAGCUAGCUCCAAUAGUUAUUUACAAUGUUAGAAAAAUUGUUCUUCUCUUGCUCUCUACACUUAUAGUAAAUAUUUAAUAAAUAGAUCAAAUAAUCAAGAAAUAUCUUCACACUAGUACUAUUAUACAAAAAUAAAUGACCAAAUUUGAACUAGACCUCUGUUUUA